AUGAUCAAGCCAAGUGGAGUGGAGUAUCACAAGUUCGUGGAGGGUCAGCGGAAACCGGAGUAAGUUGAGGGCUGGCGAGGAAAUAUGCAUAUUUCCAAAUGCGAAGCUAGAUUUUCUUUGAAUUUCCACCCAGGUGGGGCAUAGGGAAGAUAUCAAUUGCUGAAAAUUUUAGCUUGCGCUUUGCGUAGCCGGCAUAAUCAACGCCAUUUGCGGCCGAGAAAAACUAUAAAGGAGAAACAACUGUAUGGACCAUAUCUUUGCCAAUUUGACCUAUAAAAAUUAAUUUUGGUAAAGCCAAUACCCAGCUAAUCCUAAAAUUUUUGAAACAAAAAGAUUUCGGCCAAAAGUUGCCCAUUUUUUCGACUUCAUGACAAAAUAUCUACGUUCUGAGAUGAAUACAUGAAAUAAAAUGCCUUAACUUACUCCUUCCUCCAUUUCAGCCCAUGGCAGACCCACAUGAACUAUCUUUUCCGCGUCGUUCUACUUAUUGGCACUUUCGUCGGACUGGGUCUUGUCCUUCUUGCGUAAGUUUCAUUAUCAUUUGAAAAUUUAUACAAACCUUAUUUUCAGUCUUGUGUCAGCGUUUUCCUCUACAUCUGAGUUCAAACGAAUCACUGAUCGAGUUGAGCACACUCAAAUUCGAAAACAAGAUCCCAGUUUUAACGAGGAUUACAGGAAAUAUCUUCAGUUCUUGAAGGAGUAAGUUCCAAGUUGAAAUAGAAUCAUUUUUGUAGACAUGACCGCAAAUACGACGACCCAGAUGAGUUCGAUCUUCGAUUUGGCCACUUCAGGAAGACGUUGGAGAAGGUGAAAAGGCUGCAGCAUCUCGAGAAGUUGACCAAGACCGAAUUUGGGAUCAAUGAAAUGGCUGAUAUGAGUGAAGACGAAAUUAAAGAGGUAAGGCUUCUAAAUUUUAUUUUGAGAUCUUUUCAGAUGCUUCUUCCUCUGGAUUUCUACAAAAAGCUCCGAAAAGAAGCCACCUUCAUCCAGCCCGCUCCUCCAAUGGACAAACUUCCCAAAAAGGACUCCUCCCCUUAUCCAGCCCACUUUGAUUGGCGUGACAAAGGCGUGGUGACUCCAAGCCGCUCUCAGCAUCAUUGUGGAUCUUGCUGGGCCUUUGCCACGGUCACUACGGUCGAAUCCACGUACGCAAUUGCUCAUGGAGUGCUCCGGAAUCUUUCACAACAAGAGCUUUUGGAUUGUAAUUUGGAAAACGACGCGUGCGGCGGUGGAACGGUCGAUAAAGCUUUGAAAUUUAUUCACAAAUACGGACUGAUGACUGCUGAUCAAUACCCAUAUGUGGCGCAUCGUCAAAACACCUGCGCCCUCAAUGAUUACUCGGGUCCCACCACGAAAGUGGAGCUGGCCUACUUCUUGAAUCCGGAUGAGAAUGCGAUGAUCGAAUGGCUCGUGAACUACGGGCCGGUGAAUGUGGGGAUCAGUGUCCCGCCAGACAUGACCCCCUAUAAAGGCGGAGUUUAUCAUCCGUCCGCCUACGACUGCAAGUUCAGAGUCCUCGGCCUGCACGCCCUGAACAUUGUAGGUUACGGUACGAACGAGGACGGUGAGAAGUAUUGGAUUGUGAAGAAUUCAUGGGGACCAAAGUGGGGAGUUGAACAGGGAUACGUUUAUUUCGCCCGAGGAAUUAAUGCCUGUGGAAUUGAGGACGAUCCGGUUGGAAUCUUGGCGUAA